AUUCAAAGUAGGCGCUUCUUUAUACAUCAGUAAUGUUAGUCAAAUAAUUCUAUAUGAAUUCAUUAGGAAUUUGGAUAUUUGUGUUGCUUGCUGCUGGCCAGUUGGAUUGCAUCCUUGCAGAGACGUCAAACGCCAAUGCGGUAUUGAAUUACACCAAUUCAAAGAGGAAACUCCAUGGAUGCCGACCUUUGAUCUGGAACGAUAAACUAAGCGAAAAUUGCAAACAACACGCAGAGGAUAUAGCUAAAUCGGGCAAAGUUACACAUUCAAAGCCAAUAGAUAGCUCAUACACCGAAAACAUCUGCACAUUUGGCAUUAAGGAGGAUGCUUUACGGUUGUGUGUUGAGAAAUGGUACGAUGGAGCCCGGUAUGACAUAAUGGAUGCAGAAGCUCAAGAAUUUACUGCAAUGAUUUGGCGGUCUUCGGAGUACAUGGGUUACGGAGAAGCCAUGCUAGGAUCUGGAACAGCUGUCAUGGUGGUGAGAUUUGCCCCGGGUGGAAAUGUACUUGGUCAAUACACGUACAAUGUGCCUCCCAUUCAGAAAAAACGUGAUAAGAGUUUAAGAAGUAAUCAAGCUUAUCGGGCUUCUCUGAGUAUGUUUACCAUUAUGACAAUCAUCUACUGGACAGUCACAUUUUAAAUAAAUAUGCGGUUUCAAUAUCUGUAUUUGUUUUCAAAAAUACUUGAAUGAAAUUGUAAUUUAUUGUAAAACCACUAAAAUA